AUGAGAGGAAAGAUGCUGCGUAUUAUCUGGGAUUUUGAAAACUCCUCAGCAGAAAUCUAUGAGUGCAACGAAAAAGGUCUUCUUGUUUUAGAAAAGAAACCCCCAAGAAAACGCCAUGAAAUGGAAAGAGAUAGAAAUCGCUUCGGUUUUUAUUCUUCGUCUUCAUCCCCGUUAACUGGUUAUCCGAUUUCAGAAAAUAAGAAGUUUCCUAUUCCUAUUAUUUCUUCCAUAAAAGAUAAUAAAACAUUCAAAGAUGAAAAUAAAACAUCGAAAGAUGAACGACAAGCAGAUUUAUUCACUUGUAAUCUCGAAAGUCUUAAAUUAAAAGUUGAAGGUGAAACAUGGUCAUGCACAAACGAACAACUUAAUGAAUCAUUAUUCACAGACGACGAUUAUUGUUUCACUGAUAUUCAACAAUGUUUUUAA